UCUCUCUCUCUCUCUCUCUCUCUCUCUCUCUCUCUCUCUCUUACACCUUUGCCAAAAGCUUUGCAACCCCUAGUUCACAGAAAAUCAAAACCAUGAAGAGGAUAGUUAUUAAAGUAGCCAUCAAGGGACAAAAGUCUCGUUCCAAAGCCAUGAGGAUUGUUGGUGGUCUUGCUGGGAUAGGAUCGGUAGCUUUCGCAGGGCCGGACAAUAACCACAUAGUGGUGACAGGAGAAGGGAUUGACGCAGUGGAGUUGACUAAAUUGCUGAGGAAGAAAGUGGGAUCUUCUGAAUUGGUAAGCGUGGGCCCGGUGGAAUAUGGAAGCGAUGGCUACGGGAAGAUGCAUGGCGGCGACGGCUACAGCUACGGGAAGGGGCAUGGGGGAGACGGCUACGGGAAGGGGCAUGGCGGCGACGGCUACGGAAAGGUGCAUGGCGGCGACGGCUAUGGCACCAUGCAGUUUCCAGUAGGGGGGUAUUACUCUUACCCUUAUGCUUAUGGAUCGGGUCAAGGCUAUGGGUCCGAGACUCGGAACCAAAACCCGUAUUCAUAUGGACCAGGUUAUUGGUACGAGACUAGUUACCAAAACCCGUAUUCAUAUGGACCAGGUUAUUGGUAUGAGACUAGUAACCAAAACCCGAACAGUUGUUCCAUCUUGUGAAUUAAAAAUAAUAAUCAUACUGGAGAAAAAAA